CACCAAUACCAUCUGGAAAACAAAAAUGAAAAUUUCAAGCUCCAUAUUUCCCCUUGUUUCAAUCUUCAGUUUAUUACUGAUUUCAUCAGCCACAUCUUCCGAUUUUGAUGAUUUUAUUCGAUGCCUUCCUCAACAGUCUAAUUCUUCUGUUCCGAUCACCGAUGCAAUAUUAACUCCCAACAAUUCGACUUUCCAAUCUAUAUACCAAUUACGCGCUAAUAAUCUUCGAACCUUUUUAUCAGCAACUUCGAGACCGGUGGCCAUUAUAACUGCUCUACAUCCAUCCCAUGCACAAGCCGCUGUCAUUUGCGCCAAGAGACAUGAUUUUCAACUAAGGAUUCGAAGCGGUGGUCAUGAUUUCGAGGGACUUUCGUACACUUCUGAUGUCCCGUUUGUUAUCCUCGAUAUGUUCAAUCUAAACUCUAUAGAUAUCGACGUGUCGACUGAGACGGCGUGGGUUCAAGCAGGAGCUACUACCGGCGAACUUUAUUAUAGGAUAGCCGAGAAGAGCAAUGUCCAUGGGUUCCCAUCUGGUGUUUGUACCACUCUAGGCAUUGGUGGACACUUCAGUGGAGGUGGGUAUGGAUUUUUAAUGAGAAAAUACGGGGUUUCCAUUGAUAAUGUCAUUGAUGCACAGUUGAUCGACGCUAAUGGUCGAAUCCUUAACCGUAAAUCAAUGGGGGAAGAUGUGUUUUGGGCUAUAAGAGGCGGUGGAACUACCAGCUUUGGUAUCAUCCUUUCAUGGCGGAUCAAGCUGGUUCGUGUUCCACCUAGGGUCACUGUUUUCACCGUGCAAAGGACCUUGGAACAAGGCGCAACGGAGUUGGCUUAUCGUUGGCAACAAGUUGCCCCUAAGCUACCCAAAGAUCUCUUCAUUAGACUCCAGCCUGAGCCUAUCAACAAUGGUGGAAACAAUAAAACCGUUAGGGUUUCAUUCAUCGGCCAUUUUCUGGGACAAGCUGAUGGACUUUUACGAUUAAUGAACGUAAGCUUCCCCGAACUGGGAUUGACCCGAAAUCACUGUUUAGAGAUGAGUUGGGUGGAAUCGACCUUAUACUGGGCGAAUUUCCCCAAUGGAACCUCCAUUGAUGUGUUGCUCGAUAGAGUUCAAGAAAACAGAGUGUUCUCCAAGAGCAAGUCCGAUUACUACAAAGCAUUGAUCCCCAAACAAGGGUUAGAGACCUUAUGGCAAGGAUUAAUGGAUAUUGAAGACAUCUUCGUCCAGAUGAACCCUUACGGUGGGCGAAUGGAAGAGAUUUCGGACUCGGAGACCGCGUUUGCACACCGAGCCGGAAACCUCUUCAUGGUGCUGUACGGGGUCCAAUGGUCCGAGUCUGAGGGAGGGAUCAACGCCACGGAACGUUACGUUGAGAUGUCGAGGAGGUUGUAUGAGGCAAUGGCCCGGUACGCAUCGACCAACCCAAGAGAAGCGUUUUUCAACUACCGAGACCUCGACAUUGGCAGCAACGAAAGCGACGAGACAGAUUUCGAGGAUGCUCAAGAAUACGGCGCUAAAUAUUUCCGAAACAAUUUCAUAAGACUAGCAAAAGCGAAAGCCACGAUCGAUCCCGAGAAUUUCUUCAAGAACGAGCAAAGCAUACCACCAUUGCCUCAUUGAAAUCCUAGCCUUCUACAAUCAUCUAAAAAUGAAAACCAAAUAUCUUAUUAAUUUGCUUGUAAUUUUAAACAUAUCAUGUUCUUCCAUGUAUGAUAAAUAAGAAUAUCUUUAUGUGAUUUUGUUUGUGUAACUCAUAAUAAAAUAAUUUGUAUUGUAUAAAAA